AUAUUUCCGAUCUUGCGACAUCAAUCGUUUACCGUUCAAUCAGUUCGCCGUGUAAACGAAGCAUCAUUUCAAAUAAAACCGUUUAAAUUACAUCGAUUAGAAACUGGUCCAUCAACAAAUGUUACCCUUAACAAAUCAGAUGCUUUGAAAAUGUACAAACAAAUGCAGGCGAUUCGUAAAAUGGAACAGGCAUCAGAUUUAUUAUAUAAGGAUCGAAAAAUUCGUGGUUUUUGUCAUCUUUAUGCUGGACAGGAAGCUUGUGCGGUCGGGAUUUAUGCCGCAAAGGAUUCGGAAGAUUCCAUCAUUACUUCAUAUCGCUGUCACGGAUUUGUCUAUCUUGCCAGGAAUGCAAAAGAAGUUCUUUCGGAAUUGCUUGGCCGCUCGCAUGGUAAUGUCAAAGGGAAAGGUGGUUCGAUGCAUAUGUAUGCUAAAAAUUUCUAUGGUGGUAAUGGAAUUGUCGGUGCUCAACAACCACUUGGCGCUGGCAUAGCUUUUGCAAUGAAAUAUAAUCGCAAGCCAAAUUUAUGUUUCACAAUAUACGGUGAUGGUGCUGCAAAUCAGGGACAGCUUUUUGAGGCAGCAAAUAUUUGUGCAUUAUGGCGUUUACCGUGUGUUUUUAUUUGUGAAAAUAAUGGUUACGGUAUGGGUACACCAAUUUCACGUUCCUCUGCAUCAACAGAUUAUUAUUCCCGUGGUGAUUAUGUUCCUGGAAUUUGGGUUGAUGGCAUGGAUGUACUUGCUGUACGAGAAUCAAUUAAGUUCGCCAGAAAAUAUUGUAUUGCUGAUAAGAAAGGUCCAUUAUUUAUCGAAUUUGCAACAUAUCGAUUCUAUGGUCAUUCUGUUGCUGAUCCAGGAACCAGCUACCGAACUCGUGAAGAAGUACAGAAUAUUCGUAGAACAUGCGAUCCUAUCUCGAUGCUAAAAAAUAAAAUCCUUAGUUCAAAUUUGGCUACGAAGGAUGAAUUGAAAUCAAUUGAAAAGCAAGCAAAAGAUGAGGUAGAUGAAGCGAUCAAGUUUGCAAAGGAUGAUCCAGUGAUUUCUAUGGAUGCACUUGUCGCCGAUAUUUAUCACAAUACACCACCAAUAAUUGUUCGUGGGCAUACGAUGGAUGAUAUUAAAGUGCAGCCGCACACUCGGACAAGUGAUAUCAUUUAG